CGCGAGGUGUCUCGUCCGUCCGGUUCGAUCUGGAUUUGACCAGUUUGAACCGCGAGUUGAAGUCCCUUUCCCUCGAAUUUCUUUAUUAUUAAAGUUUAGUGGUGUAUUUUACAGACUUUUACGUUUAUUAAUCCGUUUUUCGGAGUGUUUUAGUGGUGUAUUAGUUUAUUUAACCCGAUCCAAAAUGUCUGAAGAAUCGUCGGCGGAUCGCAAUGUCGAAAUCUGGAAGAUCAAGAAACUUAUCAAGAGUUUGGAGAUGGCGAGAGGUAACGGUACAUCUAUGAUAUCUCUGAUCAUACCACCCAAGGAUCAAAUCUCGCGUGUCUCAAAGAUGUUGGCGGAUGAAUUUGGUACAGCCUCUAACAUCAAGUCCAGAGUGAACAGACUAUCUGUGCUGGGAGCUAUUACAUCUGUACAGCAUAGACUCAAACUAUAUACUAAAGUACCGCCCAAUGGCUUAGUUAUCUACUGUGGUACUAUUGUCACCGAGGAGGGCAAAGAAAAGAAGGUUAAUAUUGAUUUUGAACCAUUCAAGCCUAUCAACACGUCUCUAUAUUUGUGUGACAAUAAGUUCCAUACAGAAGCUCUUACCGCAUUACUGGCCGAUGAUAACAAGUUUGGUUUCAUUGUUAUGGAUGGUAACGGUGCCCUGUUUGGUACGUUGCAAGGAAAUACAAGAGAGGUACUUCACAAAUUCACUGUAGAUUUACCCAAGAAGCACGGUCGUGGUGGUCAAUCUGCUUUGCGUUUCGCACGUCUACGUAUGGAGAAGCGACACAAUUAUGUCCGCAAGGUGGCUGAAGUGGCAACACAGCUGUUCAUAAGUGCCGACAGACCAAAUGUAGCGGGAUUGAUUCUAGCCGGUUCUGCUGACUUCAAAACUGAGUUGUCCCAGUCUGAUAUGUUUGAUCCGCGUCUACAAUCUAAAAUAAUCAAGUUAGUUGAUGUAUCUUAUGGUGGUGAGAACGGAUUCAAUCAAGCUAUCGAGUUGGCCGCUGAGUCUCUACAAAAUGUCAAGUUUAUACAAGAAAAGAAACUCAUCGGAAGAUACUUUGAUGAGAUCUCACAGGAUACUGGUAAAUACUGCUUUGGUGUGGAUGAUACUCUACGGGCAUUGGAACUUGGUGCCGUGGAAACACUCAUCUGCUGGGAAAAUCUUGAUAUACAGAGAUACGUUCUGAAAUCCCACGCCACCAACCAGGAGACCAUUCUGCAUCUCACGCCUGAACAAGAGAAAGACAAGUCGCACUUUACUGACAAAGAGAGCGGAGUUGAACUGGAGCUGGUGGAGUGCCAGCCGCUGCUGGAGUGGCUCGCAAACAACUACAAGUCUUUCGGUGCCACAUUGGAGAUCAUCACCGACAAGAGUCAGGAGGGAAGUCAGUUUGUGCGCGGCUUUGGUGGAAUUGGCGGUCUCCUUCGUUACAAAGUGGACUUCCAAUCUAUGCAGCUUGAUGAUGAAGAAAUCGACAACCUCUAUGACGUUGAUGACUAUUAGACAAGCGAACGAGCAAACAUGUAUGUGCCUUCACGUAACAGCGACUACAUUUUUAUGAAUUUCAAUUUGUAAUACAUCAAUGAUACAUUGCAAUUUGUAAUACUGAAUCACAAAUUGCAAUUUG